UUUUAAACUAAUAGAAAUGAACAAGAAAAAUGAGCUACGCCUUAAAUUACUUUCACGUCAACAACAUAUUCCAAAAGCUAAAAGGCCAGCUGCUUUGGUUGCUUCUGCUGCUGUCGCACCUGUAAAACGAUCGAAGUUUGAAAAUCCGAGAAAGCCACAGCCAACAUCAUCCUUAACAAAUGUGACAGCAGCAGCGGGUCCAUCUGAAGCGCCUCAGGCCAAGAAUCAAAGGAAUUUUUUAUCACAUCCGGUCACUGUUCAAAACCAUGGGUUAGGUAAUAAUUUGACUUCUAAACAAAAUACUUUUGGUCAAUUUCGUAUUUCUGCACAAACAGAAACGAAAGAACUUGAAUGUCAACCGCUGCGAAAAGAAGUUGAAUCAUUUCCAGUCACAUCAAGAGUGAAUUCAUCAGUCUCAAGAGAAACUGAUAGUGAACAACAAAAUUCGUUGAUAAGUGGAAUUGAUGAGCAAAAAAGUUCACAACAUCAGUCAAAUUUUGUUCAUCAAUUUGGACUUUCUAGCUGUGAUGAGUCGACAAUUGAUAAAGCAUUAAUUGGUAUGCUUCCAACUACAGCUCUAAGUGGCCUUGAAUCAUUUGGACUUUCAACAUUGGCAUUCUCAAAAUUAGUUUCAAUAAUAACUUCAAGUGAGUUUCAUCACAAAAUUGAUGAGAAGACAGCCGAGACAAUAAUACCUUUUCUUUCUGCCUAUCAACUUAGAGGAGCAACCAAUAAUGUUAAUCAGUUAAUUUCUUUUUUUCGUUCAAAAUUUCCUCUAAUUGGCAACGACGAACCUUUAGACAUUAAACAAACAUUUAUAAAUUUUCCUCCACAUCUUCAAUGUAAUACAGCAGGCAAUACAUUUACUAAAGAAAUAGCUGAUGUUAACUUGGUGGCACUUUCUUCGUUUUCUGACGAGGAUGGAUUAAUUUCUGGUAGUUAUAAUGAGGAAAAGGAAAUAGAUGAACAAGCAUCACCAAAUGAAUUGUUAAAAAUACUUUGUUCGGAUAAUGCGAAGAAUAACACCCAUAAUGCUUUACUUUUACAAAAUUAUUGUCUUCAUAGACCGGAUAUCUUGGAUUUAAAUUCUAACAAUUUCGACGAACAGGUGGUUUUUAAACCGCUUUCUCAAAUUUUUAAAAUUUCUUUUAUGACCCCGGCCUUUUUUUUGCCUUUUUCAAUCAUAGUUUUAACUCAAUAUACUCUUUUUAGGUUCAAAUACUUUUCUCAUCAAAAUCAGAAUUUUCUAAAGAAUUGA